AUGAGGAUUCUUGCGUGGAAUUGUAGAGGGGCGGCUAAGCCGGCCUUCAUAUCUUCCUUUAGGCGGUUGUUUCAGAUCCAUAGUCCAGAGAUCUACCUUCUCUAUAAAACACGACUAUCUAGUAGAGGACUGGGUCGUGUAUUACGGCGGUUUGAGGUUGACUGGGAGUCAUAUGUAGUUGAGUCCCAGGGGUUGUCCGGGGGUAUUGUGGCUCUGUGCAAGCGGGGUGGGGCUACAAUAGAUGUAUUCCAUAACUGCUCCCAACAGGUCCUGAUGAUUAUCUCGGUACCUAAUGCCGCACAAUGGGUUCUGAGCGGUGUGUAUGCUAGCACUGACCAUCGGACCAGAAGGGUCUUGUGGGAUGAGCUCACCCACUUAAUCGCUCAGGGUUUUCCAACGGCGAUAGUGGGUGAUUUUAAUUACAUCUUGGAGGGGAGUGAGAAACGUGGAGGUAGGGCUUUCACUGACACUGUGGAUAGGAAGGAGUUUCGUGAUUUCCUCUCGCGAAACGGCCUAGUAGAUCUAUGUUUCUCUGGCCCGCAAUUUACUUGGUGUAAUAACCAGUCCGGUCGAGCCAGGGUAUGGGAGCGGCUCGAUAGGGCUAUUGCUUCCACUGACUGGCUUACCAGAUUUCCUUCCUACAGGGUUAGUCAACUACCCCGAAUUGCUUCGGACCACUGUCCUUUGUUGAUUUCGACUGUAUCUGGUUCUUCUCACCAGCGCCCCUUCUGCUUCGAGAAGGUUUGGUUGUCUCUCCCUCAAUCCUGGGACAUUGUCCGAGGAGCUUGGAGUCUGCCGGUUCGUGGUGACCCCAUGUAG